AUGGGUGCCGACUGGAACCAGGGGCACCAACAACCAUAUAGUGGCAAUGGCCUAGUGGGACCUACUGCUGCCAUUGCUGCUGUGCAAACUGUCUUCGUUGCAGCCAAGUUCUAUACUCGGUUUAUGCAGCGGGUGAAGUUUGGCCUCGAUGACUAUCUGAUCCUACUUGCCCUAGUUGCAAGUUUGGCAUGCUCAAUGAUCUUUAUUGUCUUGGCCAAAAUCGGCGUAAUUGGGUACCACUUCGACUACGUUUCUGAGAUGCCUGAUAAGGUGAUUCUCGCAAGAAAGUGCACCCUUGCUCUUGAAACUCUCGAUUAUCCCUUCACUAUCACCCCGGCCAAAUUGGCCGUGCUAUUAUUCUAUCUACGUAUUUUCACAACCCGAAAGUUCCAGAUCCUUGUCUACAUAAUAGGAUCGCUGGUUCUUGCGCUGGGAGUCAGCGUUCUUCUGGAGAACUUCCUCCAAUGUCGACCAUUCGCGUACAUAUGGGAUCGAAGUAUCCCAGGUGGAACGUGCAUUCAUCCAAUCGACGCCUAUCGAAUCUUUGCUCCAGUUAAUGUCCUUACUGGUGUGUUGAUCCUUGUGAUUCCCAUUCCAGCUGUGUGGAAAUUGCAUGUACCUAAAGCACAUAAACUGGCUGUGACGGGUGUUUUUCUGUUGGGUGGACUAGGAAACGUGGCAAGCAUCUCGAAAAUGGUGAUAAACUUCGCCGAAUCAGAUUUUGCUAGGGACGACCCAACGUGGUUCGCGGCCAAAUAUGGUGUCCUAACGAUUCUCGAAGGCAGCUUGAUUAUCAUCGCUGCUUGCAUUAUCAGCAUUUGGCCACUUUUCACUCAGUUCAUGCCCCGGCGUUUUCGAACAACGUUCGCUAGGUCCACGCCUCGCAGAAGUCAACACCGGUUCUUGUAUUCGAGAGAAACACCCGCAAAAGAUGAAAGUGGGGACAGCAUCACACGCCCUAGAGAGGUUCAUUUACUAAGAGAGAAAGACAGAAAUAGCUCGCAGUCAUUGCCUUCUUCGUUGGCGGAUUUGGAGGAUCAGAGAUGGUCGAUCCUUAUGGAUGACGAG